UCAGUACUCGAGAAAUAACAUUAUUAACAUUAUUAAUAUUGUGUCACGUAAUCGUUACGUAUUUCUCUACGAUUACCGCCCCUUCCCCAAAGCUUGACACGCAGUUUAGUUGUCGUCACAGUCGUCGGUAUAGUCGGUGCGCGCGCUUUUGUCUUUGGUGGUGGCCAAAACGAGUAAUCCACUGAUAACGCGUAAAUGCUUAAUCGUCGUAUAUCGUUUCGUUAGUUUUUUGUUUAAUACUUUAAUCGUGCCGUGUCGCCCGAACCGGCUGUGUGUGUGUGAUAUAUUCGCUGGUCGCGUUCGUAGACUCGUAGUAUUUCGUGUCCGCAUUCAAGUAAGCGCGCUCAUCACUGCCGCCCGUCCGCUUUUCGCACCAGCUGACCGCCGCAUCUUCGUCACCUACUGACCCACCGUCGCAUCCGUAUUUUUUUUUUUUUUUUAUCAUUAAAUUCGUCUAUAAACCACGGUCUAUAGAGAUUAUUUCAAAACCUCUCGAUCGUUUUGAUUAUCUUCUCGUUAUCCGUUCGUCGUUCCAUUUACUCGACCGCACGCAUUACCAACAAUGUCGGUUUCGGCCGUGAACAGGAUUGGGCUCAGGGCUAAGAUAUGGAAUUCACUGGCCGGCCGGGUUGGUCCGAAGACGUAUUUCACCUACACGCCUCAAGUGUCGCAAGUAUUGGACCGAGAGCCGAAGUGGGUGUCCGCCGACGAAGCCGUCCAGUGCAUCAAGUCCGAUAAUACAGUUUUUGUGAGCGGUGCUGCUACUACACCAAUUGAAAUUCUCCGUAGUAUGACAGAUCAUGGAAAACAAAAGCAAUUAAAAAAUAUACGCGUAUGUAGCAUUCACACGGAAUUUGAGUCGCCUUAUUCAUCCCCAGAAUGUGAAGGAAUAUUUCGACCAAUGGCCUUUUUUAUUAGUUCCAAUAUGAGGAAGUGUAUAAAUGAAGGCCGUGGCGAUGCUGUACCAAUAUUUUUACACGAUAUACCCUACGUAUUUGAACGGAAUGUUAUACCAGUAGAUGUAUCAAUUAUCUCGGUAUCACCUCCUGAUCAUCAUGGUUUUUGCAGUCUUGGCACAAGCGUGGAUUGCAUUCGUUCAGCUUUGGGGAAAUCAAAAAUAAUUAUCGCACAAGUAAAUAAUUGUAUUCCACGCACAUUUGGUGAAGCCAUCAUCCAUCAAUCACAUAUUGAUUAUGCCGUCAGAUGUGAUCGCGAAUUACCAGCUCAUGAACACAAAGAUCCAAAUCCUACCGAAACAGCUAUUGGCAAGCAUAUUGCUGAUAACCUUGUUGAAGAUGGUGCUACAUUACAAAUGGGUAUUGGUGCAAUUCCGGAUGCCACGCUUACUUGCCUUAAAGAUCAUAAAGAUUUAGGAAUCCAUUCAGAAAUGUUCAGUCUUGGUGUUAUUGAUCUAGUAAAUUCAGGGGUUAUAACCAAUCAUAAUAAAACAUUUGACAAAGGACUAAUUGUAACAAGUUUCUUAAUGGGCAACAAGAAGUUGUAUGAUUUUGUUGAUAACAAUCCAUUAAUAUGUAUGAGGCAAGUAUCUUACACCAAUAAUGUACAUAUAAUAUCUCAACAACCUAAAAUGACAGCAAUUAACUCCUGUAUUGAAGUAGACUUGACUGGACAAAUAGUGUCUGGUUCUAUUGGAUAUAGAUUAUAUUCAGGGUAUGGCGGUCAAGUUGAUUUCAUUAGAGGAGCUGCUGAGGGUUUCGACGGUAAGGGUAAACCUAUUAUUGCUCUAGGUUCUGUGAAUCCAAAAACUAAAGAUGCCAGAGGUUUACCAAGUAGUAAAAUUGUGCCUAAAAUUCAAGAAGGAGCUACGGUUGUUACUACCAGUGCACAUGCCCAUUAUAUUGUAACUGAGUUUGGUGUUGCCUCAUUAUUUGGAAAGAGUUUGAGACAACGAGCACAUGCCUUGAUAAAUAUUGCCCACCCUGACCAUAGAGAAUGGUUAGAAAAAGAAGCAUUUAACCGUUUAAAAGUUAUGCCAAGUGCAUGAGCAUAAUAUGUAUUUAACAUUUCAAUGUAUUAUUAUUUUUUGUUUAAUUAAUAAUCAUAUUACAUAAAUAAUUUAUUAAUUAUAUUAAUACACUUUUAUUCUUAUUUAUUUGCUUAAUAUCUAUCAUAUCAAGUAUAAAUUGAUUGAUAAUAAAUUGUAAAUUGUAA